AUGACAAGAAGAUAUUGGAACAUCAAUUUGGAAGAGAUGAUGGAAGCAGGAGUUCAUUUUGGUCAUGGUACUAAGAAAUGGAAUCCUAGAAUGGCCCCUUACAUCUCUGCAAAGCGUAAAGGUAUUCAUAUUACAAAUCUCACUAGAACUGCUCGUUUUUUAUCAGAAACCUGUGAUUUAGUUUUUGAUGCAGCAAGUAGGGGAAAAAACUUCUUAAUCGUUGGUACAAAAAAUAAAGCAGUGGAUUCAGUAGCAUCAGCUGCAAUAAGGGCUCGGUGUCAUUAUGUUAAUAAAAAAUGGCUUGGUGGUAUGUUAACGAAUUGGUCCACUACGGAAACGAGACUUCACAAGUUCAGGGACUUAAGAGCAGAACAAAAGAUGGGGAAACUCAACUGUCUCUCCAAAAGAGAUGCAGCAAUGUUGAAGAGAAAAUUAUCUACCUUGCAAACAUAUCUCGGCGGGAUCAAAUAUAUGACGGGGUUGCCUGAUAUUGUGAUCAUCGUUGAUCAGCAAGAAGAAUAUACGGCUCUUCGAGAAUGUGUCAUUUUGGGGAUUCCGACAAUUUGUUUAAUCGAUACAAAUUGUGACCCAGAUCUCGCAGAUAUUUCGAUUCCAGCAAAUGAUGACGCUAUAGCUUCAAUCCGAUUGAUUCUUAACAAAUUAGUAUCUGCAAUUUGUGAGGGUCGUUCUAGCUAUAUAAGAAAUCGUUGA